AUGGGGAUCUCCGUCGCCGUCCCCUCCCUCCUCCUCCUCCUCCUCCUCUCCGUCGCCCUCCUCCUGCCGCCGGCCGCCGCGCGAUUCUCCUUCACCUACAACUUCACCGCCGCCUCGGACUCGGCCCCAUCGGGCAUCUCCUUCCAGGGCGACGCCUUCUUCAACAAGUUCAUCCGCCUCACCCGCGACGAGCGCGUCGGGCCCCUCACCAGCAGCGCCGGCCGGGCCUUCUUCUCCCGCCCCAUCCCACUCCUCGACCCCGUCUCCCGCCGCCCCGCCUCGUUCGCCUCCGCCUUCUCCUUCUCCAUCUCCGCCCCCGAACCCUCCGCCGCCUCCGGCGACGGCCUCGCCUUCUUCCUCUCCCCGUUCCCCUCAGUCAUCCCCAACAGAUCCGCUGGCGGCCUUCUCGGGCUCUUCAACUCCUCCGCCCGCAACGGGGGCCGCUCCCUCGUCGCCGUCGAAUUCGACACCUACAGGAACGAUUGGGACCCCAGCGACGACCACGUCGGCAUCGACCUCGGGGGCAUCGCCUCCGUGGCCACCGCCGACUGGCCAACCAGCAUGAAGGACGGCCGCACGGCGCACGCGCGCGUCGCGUACGACGCGGAGGCCAAGAACCUCACCGUGGCCCUCUCCUACGGCGACGCUCCCCCCACGGACGUCCUUCUGUGGUACGCCGUCGAUUUGAGGGAGCACCUGCCCGACGCCGUGGCCGUUGGCUUCUCCGCCGCCACCGGCGAGGCCGCCGAGCUGCACAAGGUCCUGUACUGGGAUUUCACCUCCAGCGUCGACAGCAAGGAGCAGACGGUGGUGCUGUGGGUGGUACUGGGAUUGUGUGGAUUCCUUGUUGUGCUCGUCGGUGCAGGGAUUGUUUGGUUCGUGAAGGAAUGGAGGAAGACAGGAGAGUGUGUCCCCUACGUCGAUAUCGACGAUGCAAUGGGGUACGACGAGCUGACUGACGAGUUCAUCGUGCAGAGCGGGCCAAGAAGGUUCCGUUAUGCUGAAUUGGCGGCGGCAACCAAUAAUUUCUCCGAGCAGAGGAAGCUCGGGCAGGGCGGGUUCGGUGCUGUUUACCGGGGAUUCUUGAAGGAGCUUGGUCAGGAGGUGGCCAUCAAGAGGGUCUCCAAGGGGUCGACCCAGGGCCGCAAGGAGUACGCGGCCGAGGUACGCAUCAUCAGCCAGCUGCGCCACCGGCAUUUGGUCCGGCUUGUCGGGUGGUGCCAUGAACACCGUGGCGACUUCUUGCUCGUCUAUGAGCUCAUGCCCAAUGGCAGCGUCGACCAGCACCUCUACGGCAAGGGCGUGCACCUCACCUGGCCGACACGGUACGACAUUGCACUGGGCCUCGCCUCGGCAUUGCUCUACCUUCACGAGGAAUGCCUUCAGUGCAUUGUGCACCGCGACAUCAAGCCGAGCAAUGUGAUGCUGGAUGCGACCUUCAGUGCCAAGCUCGGCGACUUUGGCCUUGCCAAGCUCGUUGAGCAUGGCAGCCAGCCCUACACCACCGUCCUGGCUGGCACGCUGGGCUACUUGGCGCCAGAGUGCCUGACGACAGGCAAGUCAAGCCGAGAGUCGGACGUGUACAGCUUCGGCGUCGUGGCACUGGAAAUUGCUUGCGGACGACAGCCAUCGGAGCCCACGGCGGAGCCGAGCAAGGCAAGGCUGGUGCCGUGGGUGUGGGAGCUGUAUGGGAAAAAAGCCCUUCUCGAAGCGGCAGACUGGAGGUUGAAGGGGGAGUUCGAUGAGAAGCAGAUGGAGCAUCUGAUGGUGGUUGGACUAUGGUGCGCUCAUCCUGACUACACGCAUAGGCCAAGCAUCAGGCAGGCCCUGAAUGCCCUGAAGUUUGAGGCGCCAUUGCCUGUGCUGGCACCGAAGAUGCCGGUGCCGACGUUCUUCCCUUUGCCUGACUUGGCUGCUCUGGUGUCAUCAGUUGGAGGUGCGUCCAACACACAGGACCCAGGCGGCGUUACUGAGUGCGAGUCAUCAGGGGCUAAUGCUGGCAAAGGGUCUUCGGUGAGGGAUAGACUUCUGGAGCCGUGA